ACACACCCGUGUAAGGAAACAAUGAAAUGAUCCUACAAUUCAAACCAAUCACAGGAGCGGCUUCUGCGCCCCUUUAAAGUUUACUUCACAGACUAGAGAAGACCAUGGCAACGAAACUGGUGAUCAUCGACACAGACUGCGGCAUAGAUGACGCCCAGGCCAUCAUGAUGGCGCUGGCAGCACCUAACAUUCAGAUCCUGGGCGUCACCUGCGUGUUUGGGAACGCAGCAGUUGAGAACGUGUGUCAGAACGUUUUGAGGGUUCUCUCCGUCUGUGAGCGAGAGGGGAUCCCAGUGUUUCGAGGUUGUGGUGGUCCUCUGGUCGGAGACAGUAACUCGAGUAGUGACCACUUUGGAGGUGAUGGACUCGGAGAUGUGAUCACAGACAAAGAUCCACAGUGGGAGGAGAAACUCCAGAGGGAGCAUGCGGUCAAUGCAAUGAUUAGACUGGUGUCUGAAAACCAGAACCAGGUCUCCCUGGUGGCCCUCGGCCCGCUCACUAAUCUGGCUCUGGCCGUCAGAUUGGAUCCAAGUUUUCCUCAAAAGCUCAAACAUCUGUUCAUCAUGGGUGGAAACAUGGAAGGAAAAGGGAAUUUGACGCUAUGUGCAGAGUUUAACUUUGCAUUGGACCCAGAGUCUGCCCACAUUGUCCUUGAAGACUUUCUGUGCCCUACACACAUUGCAUCAUGGGAAUACUCGUGCAGAAACGCACUGACAUGGGAGUUCUUUGAGGAGCUGAUGAAUCAGGACGCACCUGCUGCACGCUUUAUGAAGACGAUAACAUCUAAAUGCUGGGCCUACUCCAAAGAGGCUAUGAAGACGAAGAGGGACGUGUACUUCAGACCUGGCUUCGUCUCUUAUGACGCCUAUGCGAUGGCGGCCUGCAUCGACGGCAGCGUGGUGACAGAGAGCAUCGAGUGUCCUGUUCGUGUGGAGCUGCAGGGGUCGAUGUGUCGCGGCAUGAUGGCUCUGGAUCGCACUAAUAAGCUAAAGAAGAGUCACAGUGUGUUUGUUAUGUCUAAAUGUGAUGUGGCCAAGUUUAGUCAGCUACUAAUGGAGUCUCUAAGACAACCGUGUAAUAAAUAAUCUUUGGUGUAUUCAAGGAAAAUAGAUAUGUCUCAUACACUGGUGAGAAAUAACACAAAUUUAGAGCGAAUGGUUUCUUGAGUAUGACCAUGAUGUGAAUCAGAUGCUGUGACCUUCAGUUAGAAAUGAAGAAGACGUUAGACAGCGCUCUCCACCACCAUCAUUCACGCAACAAACGAGGGAAUAUCUUUUAGAAGAAUGGUGUUCAUCUCUCCAGUAGAGACUCCACAGACACAGAAGCUGUUUUUAAUGUUUUUGUCACCAAUGUGUAAGUGUGUAGAUGCAAAUGGAAUCAAAUCACAAAAAACAAGAUGUUUUGCAGAAAUCCUUUAUUUAAAUUUGCUGACAAAAAAAAAAAGGAUACCAUACAAACCUCAAACUUAAAGUACUCUUUUAUUACGUGACCAAUUUAUUCUCACAGAAGGCUUUGAUAGUUUCAGGGCAGAGCCCAUUUUAAAAUGGGGAACAUGAAGCUUUCUGGGCCAUUGGUGUUCUUAAGAAUCACGUGUCAGAUUAUGAAAGAUCUCUGCUGCCAAAUAAAAGUCUAGCGCAAUGAUUCAAAUCCAAAUUUAUCCAAAUUUGACUUUUCAAACCAAGUUUUAUAAGAAACCAAUAAGAUGCAAAAUGAUUGUGAAAACAGGAUAUGGCUUAAAAUAAGAUGUCUGUUCCAACAUUAAUACUGAUCUGUGCAGAGACUGCGCCAUGUUUCAAUCUUUGAGAAGGAAUGCAGCAUCACCAGCCUUUUCUAUAUCAGCAAAAAAUGUCUGCAUUGGUAUUAGCAUACCAUGCUAUCAACAUUUUUAAAGUAGGGGGCACCUGUUAAAACAAAUCCAAAUAAAAGUUAGCAUUUCUGGCCCCAUGAAUAAAAAGCUGCAGAGAACUAUAUUGCACGGUUGGUAACCUAGAGCACUGGGCUACCAAACGUUUCAGGUAACGUUGCUUUCUGUUGGGAUUCUCCGUUUAAAAAUAAGAAUUUAAUUCAGCGCACAGAGUAUAUCAAAUCCUUG